AUGUCCAAUGAUCAAGUUGCAACAUACUUGAAGGACCUGAGGGCAAACCGUCCAGCGCGUCCGACGGGAUCUCGCCCAUACCCAGGCAAAUCAGCGGCAUCGACGACGGAUAUACCAGGUAGCCUUCCUGCGAGAGCAACCUCGGCCCUUUCAAUGCGUUCACCAAUUGAAGACGACAUCAAGGACCAACCGCGUUCCGAAAGUGCAAUGUCCCAUCGCCGAGCAGCCUCCCAUGUUCCAGGUAGCGGCGCAAUGGGCCGUCCGUUAGCCCAGGAGCCCCGCACGCACUCGAUUCGAAAGAACGUGUUCCCGGCACAGAUUCACACUCAUACGGUCCCAGCAUCUCCAGCGCCUUCAUAUCGUGAGAAUGGCCAACGGCGGCACGAGAAGGAAGAGGCACGGUCACUACGGAAUGCUUUGCAGGAAAUGGAUAUACACGACGACGUUCAUGUCCACCAAGCCGCCCAAGAUGAGGCAACUGAGCUGGUAUGGAUGCAUCAAAACCCCGGUGUCGCUUUCAAGAACCCCUACGCGCCGUAUCAUAACCCCGAUGCCAACAGGCGUAGCCAGAGUCCCGUCCGGAACGGUUCACGAGGCCACGACUCAACCCAUAGAUUCAGCCAGUCGACAGGCUCGAGUGGUUCUUCAGAUGGUCAACGCAGCCCCGAGUCACUCCGAAAGCGAUCCUCACUGGCCGGGCCCACGAAGAAAAAUCUCAAGGUUAACUUUAAAUUGCCUGGCGAGGAGCCCCCAGUCCCUGAGGAAAUUGCAGCCCCGAGAGGACGGACUGUCAGCGGUGAUUCGUCUAAGGGUAUCUUUAGAAAUCCCAACGACCAAAUAUAUGAAGAGCCCGUCGGUACUCAAAAGGAGGAAGAGAAGCCCGAGUUUUCCAGAUCCGACUCGUCAGCCCUGAGAAAUAAACCUCGGAAUGCCCUUGGACGCAACCCCAAACCUCUUCCCUGGUUGCAGAACAGAGGCAACAGCAGCACACCUGUGUUGGAUAAGAUAUCACGUUUCGAAAUCCACAAGAACCCUCCCAGUCAGUCACGCAAUGCUGGCUACACACGAAAUGACGAAGCCACUCCGCCCCCCGAAGAACCUCAACCCGUUCCGACCAAAGAUGGAAGAGAGAUACGGAGUGACGAUAUCCGCGCGGCCACUAGCAAGAGACGAGGUGACCGCAGUGAGAAGCUGCCUAUGCCUUCAGCUGUCAGUGAUCGAGUUGGACGCCCGAUCGUCAGCUUUGACCAAACCUGGAAGCCAAGCGACCAACCAAAGCCUGAGCGCGCACCCGUUAUUGAAGUGUCGGCACCGGCCAUUGAGGUCUCGGCGCCUUCGAUCGAAGUUACCGAGGCGCCUCCUAUCCCCGUCAUCAACGUCCCGGACAUCAAAGUACCAACCAUCUCUGAAAUAGAAGCACCCAACCAACAGCAAAACAAGCCGACAAGGCCCAUGCCUCAGCCGACCAGAACCAGCCCGACCAAGCAGGGAUUCCCCAGACAGCCGGGAACUGAACUGCAAAACCGUUGGCAUUCGCCGUACACACGGUCGGGUGUCCCGACUGCAAGCUGUGAACUGUGCUCCCACCCGAUUUCCGGCAAGAUUGUGACUGCUGGUGGAUGCCGAUUCCACCCAGAGUGCUUUACUUGCUUCCACUGCCACACUGCCCUCGAAUGUGUGGCCUUUUACCAAGAACCCGAGUCCAGCAGAGAUGAAAGACUGGCAACAGAAGCCAACGACCAUGAGGCCCGCGUGCCACGGUUCUACUGCCACCUCGAUUUUCACGAGCUGUUCAGCCCACGAUGCAAAAGCUGCAAGACACCUAUUGAAGGAGAAGUUGUUGUGGCAUGCGGUGCUGAAUGGCAUGUUGGCCACUUCUUCUGCGCCGAGUGCGGCGAUCCCUUCAACUCCCAGACCCCCUUUGUUGAAAAGGACGGCUUCGCUUGGUGUCUCCAAUGCCACUCGCGCCGAACCGCACCCCGCUGCCUGGGCUGCAAGCAGCAUGUCAUGGACGAGGUUGUCAUCACCGCAAUUGGCGGACAAUGGCACGAGCGCUGCUUCAACUGCCACGAAUGUGGCGACGGGUUUGGACCCGAGGGCCGCUUCUUCGUCCGUGAAGGCGAACCAAAGCGCACGGCUAAGGGCCGUAUCAUUGGUGGCCCUGUGCAAUUGGCUAUCUGUGAGAGAUGCGAAGCUAUUCGUUUGAAGGCGCCUAGAAUGCGUUAA